UGCAAGUCAAGAACAGAGUGCGAGACAAAGACAAAUCAGGCCGGAUCGAUCUACCUAAAGUAACCUCUUCCUUUGUACAGGUAGAACUCAAGACACACGCAGAUCUAACAGCACUACUGGGAUUCUCUUUUAAACCAACAUGUCACAGUUCAGCACUCUCUCAGUGCGUGAGAGGAAGAAGCAGGCAGCUGCCCUUUGCCAUGAGGUCCAUGGUGGUGCCAACGGUUUUACUAUGGACCUGGGAAAGAAACUUUCCACUCCAAAAGACAUCAUGCUGGAGGAACUGUCACUCUUGUCAAACCGAGGGUCACGUCUUUUUAAGAUGCGACAGCGGAGAUCAGACAAAUACACGUUUGAAAGCAUUCAGAAUGAAGCCAAUGCCAUGUUUAAUAAUGAAAAUCAAGCCAAUGCAGAAAACUCAGCAAAUAAAGGAGUUGCAUCAAAAACACCCCCAAACACACCAGAUCCCAGAAAUCCAGCAAACCCUCAGGACAUUGCACCAGGAUAUGGAGGUCCACUGACAAACAUUCCUCCAGAGAGGUUCAAUGCCACAGCUAUGCCAAAAUCCUACCACUCCCCCUGGGAAGAGGCCAUCAUCAAUGACCCCACACUGGCCGACACACUUAAAGUUCAAAUGCCAGUGCCUGAGCCUAAAACAGAUCUGCCUGACUACAAAAGCUUUAAUAGGGUGGCUACACCAUUUGGGGGUUUCGAAAAAGCACCACGAGGGAUCACCUUUAAGCUUCCAGAGGUGGACUUGAAUGUUCCUCGGUACCCCGAGCUCCAGGAUCCUACAGCCAAGCGACCCACUUUCAACAGGACUGCCCAGGGAUGGAUCUCCGAUGGCACGCCUCUCAUUUUACCCACUGUCUCUGUGGAGCCUUUUGAGAUCCCUGAGUCUGACGAUCUGUAACACAGAUUCAAGCCCUUCUUGUUACCCAAUCCCAAUGAGCCUGAUUGAGGUAUAGGGUGUGUGUAGAUGUCUAGUUUGUGUGUUAGUAUUCCUUGUAUUCUUUGAAGUGAAUUUUGAACUGCUGUUCUUGGGACAGCAAUUUCCACAUAUCAUUUUUUUUUAAGUGAUGCCUCAGAACUGAAGAUUAUUUAACAAAACAUGUGAGGCAGCAUUUAUAAUCGUCAUCAGAAUUAAACUGUUCUGUUGGGUUGAAGUCCACAUAGCACAUUAUACUAUAUGUGUUAUAAUGUGUUUAGUUAUAUCACCUAUAUCAUUACAAUGUAACCACAAACUGAAAAAAUACAGUGUGGACUAUACAUCAAAACGCAGAAAUUAAUUUGUAUUUAUUGAUGAAGACUCUUUGUACAAUUUGCAAAACAAUACGCAUAUAAAAAUAUAAGAAUAUACAUUGUACAAUUAGUACAUUUAUUGAUACAUCCAGUAUGUUACAGUGAUUUUCACUAACAUUAUGCAUGAUUAUACUGUGAAACAUUACCAGUUUUCUAAGACUGCGUUAAUAUAUUUAGUACAGCAUCAAAUUAAUUUUAGGUUACUUUUUUUUCUGGUGAAAUAUUUUGCACUCUAGAUUCUAUGAAAUCUCACAAAGCUUUGUUGUAUAACAGUAAAAUCAAUCAUUUUAAAAUUGAAAUCACAAAUUGAUCAGGGAUAGAUCAAUGGUGGAAACAGCCAUGUAAAUAUAAUGUGCUAAAUGCCUGAAAUCUAGUUUGUACUGUAAUAAUAAUAAUAAUAAUAAUAACAAUACUGUUAAUAUACAUUUCUGAACAUUUGUUUUGUGAAAUGUAUUUCUGUCUUUUGGCUGAUGUUUAUCAUUAUAUUAACAGUGUUAGAACUUUUGCUUGUAGCUUCAAAAUAUAGUGUACACAAAUUGUCCACAUAAAAUGCAUAUUUAUUUCAAA